UGUACACUUCUGGCAUAGGCUAACGUCUGCACGUGUUGUGUGUGUGUCUGUAGAGAAUAGACUUUACGUUUGUUUUCAUUUAUAGAGUAGUCUUUUCAUUUAUGACCGACAGGCGAACCUGAGUAAUUUUUAACAUGGCAGUGGCAAUGCAGGAGAAGGGCAGAGGGCUGAGAUUUGCCGAGCAGCAGCUGCUCCGCCACGGCUGGGAGCAUGGAAAGGGCCUAGGAAAAGGCGAGAACGGCAUCUCCGAGGCAAUCAAAGUCAAAGUGAAAUGUGACAAGAGAGGGGUUGGCCAUAAAGAAGGUGAGCAGUUUACGUUUCACUGGUGGGAUCACGUGUUUAAUAAAGCCUCUUCCAAUUUGGCUGUGGAGUCAGGUCAGGAUGGUGUGGUGCUGAAGAAAGUAGAAGAAGAAGAGGAGGAGGGAAUGAUCUCAAAUAAGAAGCCACGCAAAGCCAGCUUAAACAAGUCUUCACUCUAUGGAUGUUUUGUUAAGUCAGCCACUCUGCUCUCAGGGCAAGAACAUCCUGAAAGUAGAUCAUUCAGCUCGGAUGACAGCAGCAGCUCAGACGAUGAGAAGUUAGACCUUUCCAGCACCACCAAGUUGUCUGAUAAAGCGUUGAUGAAAGCCUGUGGAGGACGCACCGCACAUAAAGGUGCCAGGCAUGGCUUUACAAUGAGUGCCAAACUAGCCAGACUGGAGCAGCAAGAGCAGGAGUUUAUGGCGAAGUAUGGCAAGAAGAUGCAGACAGCCAAAACCACAUCUCAAAAUGAAGAUCCUCCAUGCUCGACUGAGUCAAGUUGUAUGGUGGCUAAGACAAAACACAAGAAAUCAAAAAAGAAGAAUCUUGAACUCUUAGACAAUUGUGCCCAGGAGGGUGACACCAGUAGAGAAGUCGCUCAGAUCCAUCUUAAUGAUGCGACAUCAAAAAAGCAUAAGAAACGGUCAAAAGAGAAACCUUCAGAAAUGCCAGAUGUUUUAGUGGACAAUGAUGAGACGGUCAACUCUGAGAAAAAGAUAAAGAGAGAUUAUUUUAAAAAUGUGAUGGUUCCUUUAGAGGAAGUGAAUGGAUCCAUACUGCUGGAUGAAGAUCCUACAAAGACCUUUGAGCAGUGUGAGGGGAUUGUGGCAGCAGAGAUGGGUGAGACUGCACAUCCACUGACAGGUGACAGGGUGUCCAAGAAGGGAAAAAAGAAAAAGAAGAAACACUCUAAACAAAGGAGUGCUUUAGAGGAAGAACUGAGUGAGAACAAUGUGGUGGCCAGUGAAGACUUGGUAGAUACUAAAAUGAGUCAUGGACAGGAGCAGCAGGAAAAAGGCAGUUUUGUGCUUCAAUCUGAAUGCAACAGUGUCCCAAUGAAGAAGAAAAAGAAGUCCUCCAAAUCUAACAGAGAGGAAUCCUUAGCUACAGAACUUGAAUCCCCAUCUAUUUUAGAAUCCAGCACUAUAGAUAUGAGCAUUACAGCAGAGAAUAUGGAAACAGCUGCUAGAGAGAGAGAAAAAUCAAAAUCUAAGAAAAGGAAACUGCAGAGAGGAGGAUCAGAAUGAGGUGCUUGGAAAUGGGAUAUUAGAUGAACACACAGCAGAAAAAGAAGGGGGGGGGAAAGUCAUGAAAAGUAGUUUAACUUAUUGGAUUAUGUAAAUUGAAUACUUUGAAAUCAAGAGGCAUAAUAAGCAUCACUGGAAACAAUUUUUGAACACUGCUACCAAAGUGCCUUAACAAUCACUUUGUAUUUAUGGUCUGAUGGUGAUCUCUGAGGGUUCAGUGACACAUUCACUCAAUGAUCACAGAUUUGACAUUGCCUUAGUGCUUUAAAUGUGCUGUGACUUAUGAUUUGUUAUGCAUUGAGAACAUGUAUUAUUCUGAAAUUGGUAUUAUUACUUGUUCCUGCUUAUAUACAGCAAUACGGUAGGGCAGGAGACAUUAAUAUUAAUUGAAACAAAUCUACUUAGGUCCAUGACCAUGCUCAAUGCUCUUUUGUCACAAUCUAUGAUUCUAGUUGUGAAAUGAAUUGAAUUUUGAAAUUGGCCAUCAAUUAAAAAUAAGCAAUUUUGUUUACAAAUCCCUUA